AUCCUAUAGUAAGGUGAAAGUAGAAAUACUUAGCAAGUUUAACACUACGAACAGUUUUAAAUGAAAGUUAUAAACUUUGCCAAAGUGACAGCUAUCAGGCAUGAAACAGACGCGUCUCCCUACGUCAUUGGGGUCCUUUGACGUUGCGUUCACUGCCUUGUUUAAUUUGGGAAAACUAAGCUAGUUAGCUAACGGAUCAACCGGAAUCCGGUCACACUCAAACCAGAAUUUCCCUUCAAAUUGGAAUUCCCCAGGUUGUAGUAUACUAUAGCAGACUAUAAAUGAAGAACAGCAAGACCUCCACUGUAUGUGGAUAGCGAUCUCCCAGGGGAGCUCGGCUAGUUAGCACUGUUAUCGUUCCGGUAACUGGGAUUAUUACCCAAUGUUAGCUGGCUGGCUAAGCUAAUAACGUCAACAAGGCACUGAAGCUGUCUGUAACUGGCGCUGUCUUAUUAUUUAACCACUUAAUUAGUUUGGUAGUAGAUAAAGGUUACUAGACAUUCUGAAAUCGGUCUGAGUCUGGCGGUAUGAUAGAAGUCACUGUGAAGACUCUGGACUCCCAGAGCAGGAGCUACCAAGUCAGAGGCGAGCUGACAGUGAAGCAGUUCAAGGAACACAUGGCUUCAUCAGUGGAGAUCCCAGUAGACAAGCAGCGGCUCAUCUACCAGGGCAGAGUGCUGCAGGAUGACAGGACGCUGACUGAAUACAAUGUAGAUGGCAAGGUAAUCCACCUGGUGGAGCGUGCCCCACCUCAGGCUACCAUGUCCGGUUCCAGUGGUGCAGGUGUUUCUCCUGGGGGACCAGAUGGCGGAAGCAGCAGCAGCCAUGCUUCUACCUCCUCCCAGGGUGCACCGCACAACCGUAACAGUUACGUGAUGCUGGGGACCUUCAACCUGCCCGUCAACAUCAUGGACCCUCAGCAGAUCCAGAUGUCUGUUCAGCAGAUGAUGGCUGGAGUCGGUGAAGCUGGAAGGAACACCAGGGUCAGCACCAGCUCCGGGAGCAAUGGCUUGGUGGACGUGCAGAUGGACCAGUCAGUGCAGAGUGAGCCCAGGAUGAGGCUGCAGCUGGCUGAGAACCUGCUCAGAGACACUCGCUCUCUGAUCCACAGGCUGGAGGGAGUGUCCAGUGACAGCAGAUCCCAUUCACAGCCAGAGGUACCUCAGUCCUCUUCCUCCCCACCGCCAUCUUCCUCCUCUAUUAGAGGGGCUGUAGCAUCACAACUCAUGGACAGCAGCUCACCACCUGCUCCAUCAUCCUCCACCUCCACCCAGACCGAGGGACCAGCCAACACUGGGCCCAAGUAAGUCAGAGUUAUGGACUGAAUGGCUCCAGUAACAACUGAUAUAAACACGUAAUCCGUACGUGGAUACAUUAUGUUGAUCGUGACAUCCGAUCUGUAGGCCUUUGCACUUAAACAUGGUAUAGACCCCUUGUCUGUUAGUUAACAUGACGACUUGUUUUUGUGGGUGGAGGCAGAAUAAUUCUCUAAACACGUUAGUUAAUGCUAGCUAUCAAUGUUUGGUUGGCUUGUUUUUUUUAUAAUGGCUGAUGAAAAUAUGUGUUUACAGUCCCUCACUGUCUGGGACUGGGUGUGCUACUUGAGAAAGUUAAAAUUAACCAACAGGACCAGAUUAGCAGAGCCCUAUGCUGUUGGCAGACUGCCUCGCAGAAGGCCAAGCUAACCCUAAGCUACACUA